UCUAUCGACAGCGCGCCCCCUGACGCUUCUCGCACAAGACUUCGAUGAAUCGUCAAUUUCAAAAUUCCUUCGAUCCUGAAUAAAUUUAUGUGAUAUAAAAUAUUAUUUAAUAUAAUUUCCCGCUAUUCAUAAUGAAAUAUAACGAAAUAUUGCUAUGUGUGUAUCAAUAAUCUACGGAAAUAUUGCAAAUAGAAUACUGCAGAAAGGCUUUUUAUGGUAUUUAAGUGAACAUUUCUAGGGACUCUCAUUUCCGGGUAUAUUUGUGGUAGUCCAAGAGUAUGCAAAUUUACCUGCUGCACAGCCGUUCUUUGCAUGCGGACUACGGGUGUAUUUCCCCGACCGCUAUGGCUAGAAAUUGACAAGGAAGGCGAGCGCCACUACUCGGUAAAACGCUAGUUAUAAGGCAAGGUGACCAUGGAUGAAAACCCAGAGCAACCUAGCAGCCAGUCAGAGGAACCAGUGGCACCAGCUAACCAGGGGGAAGCUGAGGGAAACGAUGCAGCGUCCAUGAAUGUCCUGGAGACCUACUUGCAAAACUUCAACGAGGAGCUCUCAUCAGGCCCUGCCACUGCCCCUGGUACAGGUCAGCAAGAGGCAGCGAAGUCAUCAGGUGCAGCUACAGGAGAGGGUAGCUCGGAAGCACCACUGGUUGUAAGAGAAGAUAGUGAUGACGGAGCGGGUGUACAACUUGAGGAAGGAGCUGAAGGAGAUAAUGUAGCAGUGGUUAAACAAGAGGUUGCGGAUGAUGAAGAGGAGGCUGGUCAGACCAGCCAGCCAGCACCCGACCAAGCCACCAUUGAUAUCACCCACACAUUACAGCUACUUGCCAAUGCUUCAGCAAACAUCAGCAAUCCUAAUGUCGCGCAGGAAAACCAAGAAGGAGAGAUUGGUACAGAGGGCACUUUCAUGCAGCAGCUUGAUACAUCCAACCUUGUAGAUGAGCAUGGAGCUAAAGUGGAUCCCAGCAGAAUAGCUGGUAUACAGACAGUGAAUGGAGAACAGGUGGUGAUGGUACAUAACAUGGAGGAUGGUUCAUCAGGGAUAGGACAACAGCAACAGGUGCUAAUGGUAUCCAUGGAAGACAAUGGUCAGAUAGAUCAAGGUGUGGCCCAGAUUGCCUUCUCGGGUGCACCUGUCAAUAUGGGAGAUAGCAUUGUCUAUCAAACCACACAGAACACCCAGUUUGUUCCUGUUUCUCACAAUGGCACUGCCCAAAUAGCCAUGACACAAUCGGGAAGUGAGCCUGGUACUGAAGUAUACACUAUCCUUCAAACAGUAGAUGGUGCAGAGACAACCACUAUAGCCACACCCACUACUAUGGUAGUCUCAGAAGGAGGUGUCGCCCAUAUUGGCGAUGAGCAGACCCAUGUAAUCGCAACAACAUCGGAUGAGCAGCCCUCUUAUGCUGAGCUGCAACCUGUCUCGGAACAUAAUGUACAGCAGGAAGAGGGCGCCCUGCAAAUGGCAGCGGCAGAGCAUGAAGAGAUGGCCUUGGUUGUUCAGAAGCCUGUCAAAAGGAAACGAGGUCGGCCUCGCAAGGAUGAAGCCAAAAUGCAGACCCAAAUCGUCAUUGUCAGGGAAGUUGUAGAAGGAGAGGAUGGCCAAGAUCCAUCUGUUUAUGAUUUCUAUGCAGGAGAGGAUGACACUGCACCGGUUGCUGCCGGUGAUGAGAAAACCGGUGUAGAGGUUCCUGGAGGCAAGAAGAAGACCAGGUACGUGGUACCCAAGUUUGACGAUGGUCGUCUCCUUGAUCAAGUUCUCAACCGUGCCAAGAAAGGGGGCCCUGGAAGGAGACCAAAGGUGCAUGAAUGCAAUCUGUGCGGUCGUAUAUUCCGUACAUCCACCCUACUUCGCAACCACGAAAACACGCAUUCUGGGACCAAGCCCUACAAAUGUGAGUUGUGUCCCAAAGCUUUUGGCACGUCUGGUGAGCUUGGGCGCCACAUGAAGUACAUGCACACUCAUGAGAAGCCCCACAAGUGUCCAUUGUGUGACUACCUUAGUGUCGAGGCGUCCAAGAUCAAACGACACAUGCGUUCCCAUACUGGAGAGAAGCCGUACAAAUGCACUCUGUGCGAGUAUGCGAGCACAGACAACUACAAGCUCAAGCGUCACAUGAGGGUUCACACGGGCGAACGUCCUUUUGCUUGCUCUCAGUGUGACCAAUCCUUCUCCCAGAAAAGUAGUCUCAAGGAGCAUGAGUGGAAACAUGUUGGAAAUAGACCAUCUCACAAAUGCGACCACUGUGAUACCACCUUUGGGAGAUAUGCCGACAUGAAGACCCAUAUCCGUAAGAUGCACACGUCUGGUGAACCCUUGAUAUGUAAGAUUUGCGAAAAUGCAUUUACUGAUCGAUACACAUACAUGCAGCACGUGAGGGGGCACAGGGGUGAGAAGAUUUACAAGUGUGGGGAGUGUGGGUACUCUGCUCCUCAGAAACGGCAUCUGGUCAUCCACAUGAGAGUUCACACCGGAGAAAGGCCUUAUGAGUGUGAAGAGUGCCAUGAGACCUUCAAGCACAAGCAGACCCUUAUCAAUCAUCAACGCAGCAAACACAACUUUGUCCAGGAAGCAGAUGGGACCAAGAAACGCAAAUCGUCCGAGGAAAUCGGGAGUCCUAGCAAGAGGGUAACGAGGCGUCAACGUAUGCAGUUGCAAGAAGAGGAGGCCAUAGAAGAGAUUGUCGAACCUCAGACCUUGACAACAACCGAUGGCAACACAAUUCAAGUAUCCAUGGCGCAAGGGGGAGAGGGCACGGUUCAACUUGUGCAAACCAGUGAUGGCACCAUGCCUGUUAUUCUAACAGUAGGAGGAGACGGGCAGAAUGUGGAUGAAGCACUCCAGAUGAUGAAUGGAAGCUUAGCUGCCGUCCAGGGCAACCAGGAAGGGGAAGGGCAGUUGAUGAUGGCUGUUCCUCAGGGAGAUGGGGAAAACAUGCAUCUUGAAAGUCAAGAGGCUACCCAGCAGCUUGAGACCACUGAAGGUUCGGCAGCUGCAGACAACUCCCAGCCUCCAGAACUGACACAGGAAGGUCAAAUCCAAGAGACACCCGCUCCACAAGAUAACCAAGCUAUCACUCAAGAGCAAGCUGCAGCGUUACAGCAACAGAUGGUCAAUCAGGGCAUCAUCUCAGAAGGAUCGGUCAUCGCAGCAAUGGAAGAAGACGAAGAUGGCACCGGGGAUGGCACAAUAUAUCUAUUUGUUGAAGAACAGUAAGGAUUAACACAUAUAUGAUUAUAGAAUUUUUCAAUUAAACAAGAGCAGAUAACAUUAGAUGUCUAUACCUGGAUGUAUUUUAUGCCCAUUAGAAUGAUGACCUUGUGUCAAGUGGUCUUCAUAUUGGUCUUCUUUUAUUGCACAUUUUAUUAUUUUACAACAUCCAUUCGUCCAUCCAUUUUAAUAAUACUAUGGGUUGUAGUCUCAUGUAAAAAGCAUUGUGACACAGGAUGUUAUAUAUAUAUAUGUGUGUCAUGAUCGUGACAUAAACUUUAUCCUUUUUACACGCUAUCUUCCAGCUGUUUGUCUGUUAAAGGGGUACUUUGGGCUGAAAAUGAAUAAAGUAAAAUUCACUGAGAAAAAUGCUGAAAAUUUCAUCAAAAUCUGAUAACAAAUAUUAAACAAAGUUACUGAAUUUUAAAGCUUAGCGAUAUUUUGUUAAAACAGUAAUAUGCUCGUCGUCAUGAAUAUUCACUAGUCGGGCUGAUGAUGUCACAUACCCUCAUUCCUUUUCUUAUCUUUUUACAUGAAUCAUUAUUAUUUUACUUUUUUCCUACAAGUGUAAAUGAUAUAUCUCCCUUUUGAUAAAAUUAAGUUGUAGCAAUGAAUACCUUAUGCAUUAAAUCAGGUGUCAAUCCAACUUCUUUAGUUUUAGGGGAAAAAAUUUCAAUAAACAAUUUCAUAUAAUAAAAUGAAAAAGAACAAUUAGGGAUAUGACAUCAGUUUGCUCAUUGACUAUUCAUGAAGACGUGCACAGAACUGUUUCACCGAAAUAAUGCAAAUCUUUGAAAUGUCAUACAUUGUAACUUUGUUAUUUCUUGUCCAAUUUUGAGCCAAUUUUCAGUGUUUUGUAUUUGUCUUAAUCCGUUUAAAUCAUAUUAUUUUCAGCCUGGAGUACCCCUUUAAAAGUAUUAAUUUGCUUAUUGCUCCUCUCUUUAACAUUUUUGCUCACCAUUGCUGUUAUUUGUUUGAUGGAUUUAUGCAAUCAGUUUAACUCGUUUGUGAUGUAGAUAUACUGUUAUGCAAUGCACACCGAAAAUCACUCAUCAGUUUUUUUGUCUGAAAUUGGUAAUUUUAUGUCUUAUUUGGUACUCUGCCAAGCUGACAAUAUCUUUUUCAGACAGGGGAAAUCAUAUUGGUAUCAAUUCCAUAUUGAUUUUAAAAUGGUUAUAGGGAACCGUAUGGGUAUGCAUCUUCUAUGCAUAUAUUUCCCAUUCUACAUGCACAGCUAGUUGGUAACUUGUAACACAAGGAGUUUAUCUCGGAGAGCUCAAUCAAAUAUUAUCUUCGUACAUUUAUAUUGAAGUUGCAAACUCUUUUUUCUUUUCACAGCUUGUGCCAGUGGAAAAAGUACUCGAGUUAAAUACUAGUUCUGUAUAAGAAGAUUUUUUAUUUUUUCUUUGCAUUUUUGUGACAACAAUCCAUUCUGUAGAACUGCAAGCAAAUAAAUAGUUUCAAAGUUUAACAGCAUUUAUUCAUGGAAUUUAACAGAAGAGUCAACUCUACCUGAAUUAUUUAAAUUUUCCUCUUCAGUAUUUCUGUGUACCAAUUUAUGAAUGAACACAAUCGGCAUACUGGGUAUGCUGCUGAACUACAGAUACAUGUAUAUCAUAAUCAUAUGCUAGGUCUGUAAGGUUACUAAGGUAUGCUGCUAUAAUGCAUUUUAAGCGAUUGAUUUUAAAUCAUUGCCAAAAUUAUCAGUCAGCAUUUUAUUUAAUCCAAAUCAAAUUAAACAUCUACUUCCAAUGAACUUGCGGUAAGGCAUCAUUAAGGUCUUCUAAAAACUGUAAAUAUAAUUGAUCUAUAACUUUUGACUUGUAUAACGCUUUGUAUUUGUAAGAAAUAACAUGUAUAAUUAUAAAGUUGAAAAUGAACUGUGUAUAUUUUCUAACAGCUGAGGAUAAGUAAUUUGAGGACACCAUCGGUGGCUGCCGUUGUAUAAGCUCACUGAGUCAUUCCUAUUUGUUGAUUUCCAGGUUUACUAUUGAAAGUGUAUCAUAGCCACAGAUAGUUUGCAAAAUAUUGAAUAUAUAUUUUUAGCAUUUUUGCAAGUGUUGUGUAUUACUAUAACUUUACAUGUGAGUCUCUCAAAUACACAUACCAAAAAUAUGUAAAAUGUAGAUACAGAAAGCCAAAUGGAUGUGAACACCACUUCUGCUCCUGAACGCAGCUUUUACGAUUUUUUUGUACCAUAGGAAAUGGAUUUAUCUCCUAUCAGAAAUAAAACUGCAAACAUGUUUGUUCCUAUCACUCUGAAAAGUGUUUGAGAUAAAAUGUGUCGCACAUCACAGUUGAUAUUCAUUCUCUAUCUCAUCAUCGCUAUAUUUGUAUACCAUUUUUGUUUCUUUAAUUAUGAGGGCAGUAUUUUACUUGAAGGAUUUUUCUGUAUAGUUUUGAUCUGUAUUAACCCUUUUGGUUUAUUUCAUCUGUUUUGGAAUUAAGUGUCGGUUGAGAAUCUGAUAUUGGAGUUUACCCAAUCAGCGGAACUACAUGUAUCUGCUAAGGCCUAUUGCAUUAUAUUUGGCCAUCAAUGCAACUCAAAGUGAAAAUUACUUAUUCGUACUGACCAAUUGGUUGAAAUUCAAGUUGCUAUUGAUUUUUUUUUUGAAUUGCGUUGAAAUACUAGUACAAGAUUUAAUCUAACACCACCAGGGUCCCGUAACACAAAGGUUUAGCGAUUAAUCGUAUGCUUGAUUUUUAAGAUUGAUCGUACAUGGAAUUCAAUUGGAUCAAUCGUAGAAAAGUGUUCUACGAUCAUUGCUAAGCUUUGUAUUACGGGCGCCUGAUUGUACAGUCAUGCAAGAUGAAAUUGAUUACAUUCAUCUUGGUUGCAGUUGUGAAUGAUGAAUGAAACAUGUAAUGUUUUGCUGUGAAAUACUUCUUUCAAAUGUAAUAAAUCCUUCAAACCUGUAAUUGA